GGGGAGAACCCUGGUUGCAGCAUGCAUUCAGUCAGUCAGUGCGUUGGGCAACCAAUAGAGCCAGCUCCACCGUUAUCUUUUACGCAGUAAAAGACAGAAGUAUGUAGAAGUUCUUUGCCUCAUUGCUUCUUGAGCAGAAUUGAAUGGACUGCAUACAGUUCAGCUGGGAACAUUGACUAAAAGGUGGAGAAUCAGCAGCCAGUAUCUUACAGUUCGAUGCCAGAAACUGUUUUCUUGGACAGCACCAGUGUGGGGACUCGACCAACCCAGGAAACAUGGUUGUCUUCUCUCAUCAGUUUUGAACUUUUUUAAGCUUCUCAUUUACGCUGAUUGCACUUGCUAAUCAUGCUGCCCUGCUGGGAACUUGAAUGGAUGACAAGUAGUGCAAAACAGCAUUGGCGGUUCUCUCAAAAAACUUCACAGUGAUUGUCAAAUUAUCCAAAAGAGAUACCUAGACUGGAACGGCACAUGUGCGUCAGAGUAAAACGACAUGAAUGGUUUUCAUUAUCAUUCUCAGCCCAGCUCCCACAAGACUGAAUGCGGUUUUUGAAAUAUGCCCUAAAUUACCAGCAUCUUCGAUGUGUUAGUCAGCAUGAAUCUCUGAGUGCAGAACUAUGCACAGUGGGACAGACAAAGCCUUGCCCAUGCUUUUCAACGAACCUCACUACAUGACGUAGCGAUACUUUUCUGAUUAAGAACGUGAAUUUUAUCCGUCUAUUGACCCAACAAAAGCACUGCUGCCAUCCUGUGAUUGGUUUACUGACUGCGACGAGCAUCCUUCCGUUUUGUUGGCAUCUGAAGAGAAAAUCCUGUAACACGAUCUCAACUGUUGUACUUGAUGAUAUGCCAGGUCAUAGACGUCACCUCUGCCAAAGAUAAUCCUCCAAGCCGUGAAGUUACAUAUUCCAGGCCAAGCAUUUACUGUAAAAACACAGCACCAGCCGACCCACGGGGUGUUUGUUCCCAGCACUGACUGGAAACUACACGCUGUGAGAUCCUGUGUCCUUUCAGAUGCUAUUUAAAUCACCUACGAUUCUAAGGUUUCAGCAGUCUGCCGUUGGUGUUUGAAUGUUACUCCGAGGGAGGGCUAUUUAGACCGAGCUCCUUCAUUGUUGAGUCACAUGUGUACAAUUGAUCCCGGUUAAAACUUCUACUUCAUGGUUUGCCUGCAAGAAGUCUGUCACGUGCAGGGACAGCCAGUUUUCCAGUUUUGCUUUGUAUUUCAGACUAAUUUUUGCAUCCAUCCAUUUGGAGGGAAUGUUUUCAACCAGGCAAACUAGAGGAAAGCGACAUUAAGGCUCACUCGCCCAGUGACAGUAGACGGCUAACUUGAUCUAUCGCACGGGGUAAUCAAUUUAACAUUGAUCCUAUCGACGAGUAAGUCAAUCAGUCUUUUACCAGUGGCCGGUAGCAAACGUUGGAUCCUCCAUCAUUACUUUCAAAGCUGCCCGUAUGAAGCAGUGGACGUGAGUAUAUAUUGCCAACCCAUCUGCUGCUACAGUGAAGCAUACCCCCCCACAAACAGAUGCUAAUGAAAUCCCUAUCAUCACUGUCCAUUGAAAUCAGCCCAAUGGGCUGCUUUUUUUGCAACUGUGACAAGAGAAUUGAAGACAGUUCAUUUUACUGGAAAUUGUCGCCCUCAGCCGGACACAGUUCUCCUUCCGUCAGAAGAAGCUGAAGUACAUGCAUUUUCCUCAAACUAUUUUUACCCUGCAGGGGAAAUUUGAAAAAAAGUGUAAAGAGCUUGAAAAUCAGGAGGAGAACAGAUCAAAUUCUCUCUACCCAUUAGCCCCGGGAUUUUUCAACAUUGUGCAAACGGCUGCAAUUAUCACAAACAUCUUCGGCACUUUCUCUCUCUCUCUGAAGCCAGCCUUGGUGGUAAGUGCUUUCUGUGUAUUGACAGAGCAGUUUGGGUUACUUUCAUUUGUCCCCUGCCCUCUGCAGAUCUUGAAAUGUUGCUGAGAAAAACAGACUUGAACAAAAUAGUGACCAAUCUGUGUUUUCACUUCCUAAAUGAUCAGCUCAACCGCACUGAUUGACUACUUGUUUCACAGUCUCUGCUCCUGAGAAACUCCGGUAUCAACCAAUUUCACAGAUCAGUUUGUCAUUUCAUCCAGUCUCCCACUAAACUAACAAACACGACGGCCUGCAUAAUGAACCACGACGUGUAAAUUACACAUACUGUUAGUCUUCAGUAACACACUGUGGAGCUAGAAGAACUGAACAAAAGUCAGUGUUGGUCACAGAUCCUGUUGACUCUGGAGAAGUUUUACCCGCCCUUUGUCCCUUGUCCAAAUAUGUUAUUGUAUAUGUCAAAAUCAAGUCUUUGCCAUAUGCUUGUUGACUACGGUGAACAAACAACCACCAGAAGAGAUUCACACAGGUUUUUGGGGCUGAAAAUAUUUGUUGCCACUGACUGGGCAUAUUAGUGAAAACUGUCAGACUUGAGUGAAGUUUGUGAUUGUAUUAAACAUGGCAUUGGAGAAAGCCUCAAGCAUCAUGUUGACCACCACGGGAUACACAGAGGAGCUGGCAUUGGGAAUGGGAUUGAACAACUCAGAUUUGGAUGCUCCACACCCCUUAUCAGGCCUUCAGGGUGUGUCCUUCAUCGUGACAUGUAUCCUGUGCAGUAUGGGAUUGAUUUGUAAUGGCUUCAUCAUUGUCAUACUGAUCCGAUUCCCCAACAUGAAGACCCUAGCCAAUAACUUCAUCCUUAACCUGGCCCUGGCGGACUUCUUCUUCAUGAUCUCCUACUUGUUCAUGGGCCACCAAUUUAAAGUUGGUCAGUGGGUCUUUGGCACCUUCCUGUGCCGUUUGAUUGUGCCCUAUGAUGCCAUGACCCAGUUCGUGGUCAUCGACUUUGUCAUGAUCAUGAGUGUGGAUCGCUACUUUGCCAUCUGCCUUCCCAUCAAGUCCAUGAAUUUCCGUACCUUGCGCAAUGGCCGCAUCACAAGCGGGGUAAUAUGGUUGGUCGCGAUACUCUCCACACUGCCCAUGUGGAUCUACACCGAUCAUGUUUGCUUUGUUGACAAGUGCGUGUGCCUGGCUAAGGUCUCAUCUGCUCCCAUUGAAGAAUCCAACAACCGCUGGUGGAUCAUCUACACUGUCAUCAUCGGAUUCUGUGUACCGCUGGUCAUUAUUUGUAUCUGCUACCUUCUUAUCCUUCACCAGCUCUUGAUCAACCCAAUGCAGGAUUCUAGCUGUAAGAACACCAGCCGACGAGCUGCUCGUCGGGUGGCCAUCCUGGUCAUCUGCAUCAUCAUUGUCUUCAUCCUCUGCUUUCUCCCCUUCUACGUGGUCCAGUUUAUCAUCACCACCUUGGAGUCCCACACUAAUGCCCUAGCCAUAUCCAGCAUCAUAACCUUGCAUCUCAUGUACUCCCACAGCAUUAUAAAUCCCAUUGUCUACACACUGGUGGGUGAGAACUUCCGCAAGAACAUUGCCUUCAUUUGCUGCAGGCGGCCACGCAAUGCUACCGGUAUGUAUUCCCGCCAGAGUAGCAUGCGUACGUCAAGCUUUCACAGUCGCCGCAUGCGCAACUCCCUGAAAUCCACCAACAGCAACGAUCCGGCAGGUUUGCGCCCCCACAAUGGGUACUAUGUCCAUCUGGACACCAGCCAACACCGUGGUGCCAGGGAAGAUCCAGUGUAAUUACGUGUAAAUUAUGUAAAUUAAUGUACAUCAAAUAGCACUUUAACUUGUACAUUUCAUAUAAAAAAUAAUGUUUAGAUAGUACUUAAAAUCUCGAGUGCCAUGUACAGUACAUGUGUAUUUCUAGUUGCUUGAAAAGUGGCUUUUUAUAUGUAAAUAAGGCAGCAAGUUAUUUAAAAAAGUGAAUGUACAUGUAUAAUGUAGUUAUAACCUAAAACGAAGAUACAGUACGAGGUUGAAGUGCCAAAAUCAUUCAAUACCGGUAUGUAGCGCCACACGUAGGUCACAUUUUCCAUGAACUGCAGUCACUUUUAGUAUAUUUGGGUGUUAUUAUUGUAUUUUUGCCCAUUGAUUUGUGCUAGUUGUGUUGUUGUUAAAAGUUUGUUUACGAUUUUGGCAUGGAAAUGGACUGUCCAGCAUGGCAGUCUACUAAGCCUAACUUUUUUCUCAGCAGAAAUCAGUCACCAACCCAAAACCACCUGAUUUUUUUUUAAUUUGUAGUUCCCCGUUUGAUGAUGUUAGCUUCAGUCAAUUAAGAACAAAGCAUAUGUAGCUGAGCAGUGUCUCCUAUUUGUGGGCUGUAUGAGAUCAGGAGCUGGUCUGUUCCAUUUGGAAUGAGAUUCAGAUUUUCAGAAUAAAAUUUUGAAAUCUGAUAUGUGCCUGUGCUUCUUAUAGAGUACUGAAGUGCAUAGGUCAUGUGCACAUUUGUGUGCAAAAGGCUCUGGUGCAAGAACCAGUAUGUUAAACCAACAUGCUCCACCUCUCCAUUUCGUUUGGACUGCACUUCCAGGUUCAAAAUGACAUCACACUUUGGUACUCUAUAGGGCAUAAAGUUCUCUCCUUGUAACGAUUUUCUUUUCAAUUCAUGUUUGUUCAAAAACAUGGUUUUUAUGGUAGAUAAUGCUUAACAGAUGUGUAUAUGUACCUGUACAUGUGUGUUGUUUUCGAUUUUGUGAAAGGGGUUGGGACCAACAAGCACAGGCAAACCUUCCAAUGUUCCCCACAUUUCCACAAAGGAUCUUGUAAAUAUGUACAUUGCAAAAUUUCACAUAAAGUGCAACUUCAAGUAAAUAUGUGUAAUUAUCUUUGAUCGAAAAGCUUUGCUUGGUGUACAAGGCAUGAAAAAAAGAAAAGUCGUCAUGGUGUACUCUGAAAGCAGAAAUCAGUGUAAUAAGUAAAUAUUAUGCACAAUAAUUAUACACAAAUUUUGAAGCCAGUAUGCUCUAGAAAAUCUUUACGCCUAAAUGUAUCCUGGAGUGACUUUGUUUUCACAUUAUACACGUAGUCCAAUCUGCAACAAUCUCUCCAAUCUCAGUUCCCCACUAAUGGCUGUCUCCAACACUCUCCAAAUGACAUUUAGAGUGGGAGUUCUGUAGGGGUCAGCCAGUGAAGCUUUCUGUAGAGAUUGAUGUCCAGAAUUUUUACAGGUUCAAAGAAUCUGCCGUUGGAUCAUUGUGUGUAAUUUUGUUGGAUCCAGGAAGCUGCUUCUUCAAGUUGUCGUUGAGUUGGGGUGACAAGUAUCUCAUGAUUCCAAAGUUUCAAUGUUUAAGGUGAAAACUAUGUUUAAGCAUGUGUUCUUUAAGAAUUGGGUAAAAAGGUACAUUAACUCGUCUGGCAAGGUCACGUGCAUCCCAUGUCUCCAUAAAAGGUAACUGACGUCUGACCAAACAAACUAGUCAAUAUCUUUAUUAAUUUCUCUAGAAAUGCCAAAACGUCUGUCAGUUUACGUCCAUGUAGCUCAGAGGUUUCAAAUCAAUACAACUCUUAGUUGAAAUAUGUAAGAUUUCAUCACAGAAUUUACUAUUUCUGACAUCCUAGUUGGGUGCAGGAUGUACGUGUACAUGUAUACAAGAAUUAAUCAAUGUAAGUUGCAUAAAGGUUCUGUCUACCGGGUUUGUCAGAUACACAAAGUAAUAAAAAUGAUUGAAAGUGUGCAGUAGUGUAAAUCUUAUAAGAUAUGUAAAUUGUAAAAAAUAGAUACUUCUAUUGACAAAAAUAUAUAUGUGAUUUUGUUUUUAUGUACUAUGUUGAACAAAGAGUUCUAUAUGUGAGGAACAUUUAAAAAUCUGGCAGCUAAUAAGUUAUGAUGAACUGUGGCAUAUUAUUAUUGACUGUAAGUGCAAAAAUUGCAACUAAAAGUAAGAAGGAUGGAAAAAUUGAGAGUAGGCUUUUUAUUUGAGACAGAUCAAGUGAGGUACUGGAUCAUGUGUCAAAGUACAGGUUAAUUUUGAAGUCAGUGUGAAGCCUGAAAAACUUAUUGGUUGAUUGCAUGAAUUACACCGCAAUAUUCAUCUUUUUUUCCAUUGAAACACUCAGUACUGUGACAAAUAUCCAUACUCUCACAUCUUAUGCUCACAAAAUUUCCAGAUUUUUCUAAAGGUGGCCCCCCUUUCCUUUUUAAUUGAGUUUGUUUAUAGAACUUUUGUCAUCAUUAACAUUCAAACUUGUUAGUUUUUCCUGUCGCUUCCCUGGGUUUUGAAAGAACAAUUUUUUGUGUUUUUUUUUAAUAACAUGAAGCAAAUUUGACAAUCCAGCUGCUCUUUGCAGUUUGACCAAUGGAUGACAGUGUAAAUCUGUGAGGCAGUGGUAAUGUAGGCCUACAGAUAGUAUGACCAGUGUGACAUUAAAAGUAUAUUCCAUACAUGUACCCUGUAAGAACCGUACAAUGACCUACAGUACCCCUUACUUGCCCUGAAGGGUAUGUGUUAGAAAGCUGUCAGCUGGAAAGAAAAAAAAAACGCUUGCCGUAACCUGCCAGAUUCAUGUGUAUUUCUUGAGCUCGGUUGUGGUUGUUGGAAAGCCAGCGUCAACAUGUACCCCCCCGUAGCUGUAUGCAUGUGGGUAUUAUGUUCCUCUGCACAGCACCAGUUUCAUGUACUGCUGAAAUGGGUUAGAAUAACACAGAUCCAGGUGAAAUUUCCUGGAGGCUUUGUACUCCAUCAAAGGAUUAAGUCCCCAAUCCCCUCCUCCCUCCCCCCCCACCAUGUCUGACAAGGCUGGCCACUGAAUUGACUUCUCUGAUUCCGAUUGGAGAAUGGGGCUGUGGAAGAUUGUGGUUUAUCUGGAGCAAAUGUAUUGUGUGUCUAGUGUAAAUGUUGCAACUCAAGGAGAUAAGGACGCAAACAAGAGUGGGAGGGGAAAGGUUAUGAGUGUUUGUGUUGGGCGGUGUGCUUGGGUGUUAGUGUGAGUCUCCAUGUGGAGAGAGUGUUGAGGACAGAGAGUUUAGGCUCAUCACGCAAAGUGAGUUUACAGACAUGUUGCUAGUUCUGUCAGGGUGUAUCAAUGCAGCAACUGGUCUGCAGGAGAGGACGCUGAAUAUCAAUGUAAAUUAGAAUCAACUCUCCACCCACCUUCCCUGGCAAAGUUCAUGCUCAGAGCAUUUUUCAAGCACAAUGAAAGUUUGUGAUAUCAAACACCUUGGCACAAGCGUUAAACCCCAGUGCUUUGGUUAACCUGACCCAAUCAGAUGGCCUCCCGAGAGCGGAUGCCCGACAAAGAGAUGUGUGGGAAGGACGGAAGAGCCAGAGUAGAGUGUCGAGGAGAUAAAGAAAGAAUGAAUGGCCAGAGAGAUGAUGGAAUUGUAUUAGGAGGGAAUUUGGAGUUAGAGGAAAUUUCAAAAGAAACUGAAAGAAGGUUGUAGAGUAUCCUAGGUUCCAUUAGUGCUGAGAGUUUGGGUAAUAAUGGAUGCAGAAUUCUCUCACUUUUACUUUUUGGGGGAAGGUAGGUCGAGGACUGUGAGAUAAUAACAUUGGUGUUUGCAUGAGAAGGAAAACCUUGACACUAAAGUUAAUGUAGGAUGUACAUGUACAAUGUACUUGAUAUUCCAGUCUGUGGUUUAGUAAUCUAUCCAGACAUAUAUAUUAGCAGUAUCUAUUAAGUGUGCAGAAUGCAUUGCUCAGUGUGUGGAACAGCAAUUUCAAGUCAUUUUCAGACAAAUGAUUUCAGGAAGCCUGUUUUUUUUUCUCGUAGUUCACUGUUGCCAGUGUAAAUGUCACCAAGACACUAAGUGCGCCUCUUCUACUGUUUGCCCAUGAGUGAUAAAUUUGUUUAAAAACUCGCCACUGGUAGGGUACAUUGUUUGAAUGUUAAUAAAACUCUAUGAUGUGGAGAAUUGUA